AUGGCUUGUGUUCCUCUAACUUCUCUGAUGAAUACAAUCCAGUUUGAGUUCUUACAACCCAGCCCGCCCGUUAUUCUUGAUGAAGAUACAGUACAUAUGAUGAAUUCUCUGUACCAGAAUCUUGGUUUCUUGCUCACCUUUCUUGAGGAAUUCGAGAAGAAACCGGGAAAUGAUGAUGCUGCAAUCAAAGAUUUGGAAGCCAAAAUCAGGGACUUGGCUCUUUCAGCAGAAGACGGAAUUGAAUCAAAUCUGACAAACAUUUACAUGGAGGCGGAGGCGGCUGCAGCUAAAGAUAAAGAUAUGAUGCUCUGUCAGAAGCUACGACAAGUAGCCGACGACACUCACCAGUUUGUCAACAGAAUUAAACAAGAAUACUAUGAUUCUACUGUCCAAGAUUCUCCAAAGGUACAUACCCUUUCGUCAGACCUUGAGAGCAUUUCGUUGAGCGAAUCUUCACAGCAGUUCUCAAAGCCAAAGGUUGACGGCAGAAGAAUGGUUGGGCAUAGCAGUGAACUGAAUACAAUAAAGGAUCAGCUCACUCGUCUGCCGUCUGGAGAACGAAAAGUCAUUUCAAUUCUUGGGAUGGGUGGUAUCGGCAAGACAACUUUAGCAAGGAGACUCUACGAAGAUCCAUCAGUCAUAUCCCACUUUGGAGUUUGCGCAUGGACUAUUGUGUCCCAAGAAGUUAAUCUCAGACGCAUACUCUGCGACCUUCUUCAGUCCUUUAGCUUCUCCUCCACCCAAGUGAAUACUAAUGGAAGCACAGGUGAACUGGCCCAACAAUUGCAGAAGUGUUUGAAGUGUACGAGGUAUCUGGUUGUGGUGGAUGACGUAUGGGAAACCAGUGUUUGGGAUUAUCUCACCAGAUGUUUUCCUGAAAGUGAUGGUAGUAGAGUAUUGCUAACCACUCAGCUAAAAGAGAUUGCUGACUACACUACUACUUCAGGUACCUAUCUUCAUAACUUGCAUUUUCUAGAUUCUAAUGAGAGUUGGGAUCUAUUCUGCAAUAACGUUUUCUGCAAACAACCCUUGCCUUCCAAAUUUGAGACAAUUGGAAGGAACAUUGUUGACAAGUGUAGAGGAUUACCCCUGGCGAUUGUUGUAGUCGCUGGACUUGUAUCCAAACCCAACAACACACUUGAUGAUUGGGAAAACGUUGAGAAAGAAAUAAGUUGUCAUGCUAGUACAGAUCUUGCUGAACUGUGUUCAAGAAUUCUGAAUUUAAGCUACAACCACUUACCUCAGCAUUUGAAAGCUUGCUUUUUGUAUUUAGGAGUUUUCUAUGAAAAUAGUGAAAUUCCUGUUAAAAAGCUUGUUAGGCUUUGGGUGGCAGAAGGGUUUGUGAAGUCAGUGAGUGAUAAGAGAUUGGAGGAAGUGGGUGUUGAGUAUUUACAAGACCUUAUUAGUAGAAGUUUAGUCCUAAUUCACAAGUGUAAGCCUAACGGCCAAAUCAAGACAUGUAGGAUGCAUAGUCUCCUACAUGGGCUUUGCAUAAGAGAAGCGAGAAAGCUAAACCUUUUGUACGUUGAAGACGAUGGUUAUGAUCGUGUUGGUGCUUGUCGUUGGCUAAGCUUUAGAUCACCAAAGCCCAAGAAUUAUGAUAUAAUUCGCAACAAUUACAAAAAAGCUCGUUCUGUUUUGUGCUUGCAUAAUGAUGAUGAGAUGGCAAUGGUGAAUGAUCCAAAGCCUGUAAGGUUCAGCUUGUUAAGAGUUCUUGAUUUAACUUCUCCUAUGUACACCAAGGGAGUUUAUGUGACUUUCCCAGAUCUUUCUGAUCUAGUUCUUCUAAAGUACCUUGCUUGGUCUCUAGGCUCGGAGGGUCUCGAGAUCAUUCUGUCUAAGAAUCAGAAACUGCAGACGCUGAUUGUUUCGCAUAGUGCAGCUGGGUGGGAAGAAGACUCUUCCCUUUUGCCAUCCACAAUUUGGGGGUCACCACAGUUAAGGCAUCUUGAAUUCAAAAACUGUUUUAGGGUGGAGCCUCCAAGCAUGGUGAAAGAGAAGUUGCAAACUUUGUAUUGGUUGAGCAUAUCCGAUUGCACGGAGGAAGUGUUCUCUAUGAUUCCAAACAUAAACACAUUGGGGAUCCUUUGUAAGCGUGAAUCAACCAUAUCUCAUAGUAGUGGUACUUAUAGUUUGAAGUUUCUUCGAUGUUUGGAUCAGCUCGAGGAUUUAACCAUUGAAUCUGACUAUCCCAUUUCUGAGCAUUUGCGCCCUCGAUCCUCGAGGUGUUAA